UCCAACUCAUACCUUUUUACCUUAUACACCAAAAACCAGCUUGUAAUUCAUUUCUUAUCACCUUAUUAUAGCCAAUGGCAGAUACAAUUGCUGAAUCCGACAACAACCCCAAGUCUUCAAAGGUCUUCAACAUGGAUCUGGAGAAGCAAGAGGGGGUGGUGGUGGUAACGCCGGAGGAAGUGGAGGUUUUUGACUAUGCCAAGAGGGCACAGUGGCUUAGGGCUGCAGUUUUGGGUGCAAACGAUGGCUUGCUAUCAACAGCAUCCCUCAUGAUGGGCGUUGGAGCCGUCAAACAAGAUGUUAAGACCAUGAUCCUCACCGGAGUCGCCGGUUUGGUGGCCGGAGCUUGCAGCAUGGCAAUUGGAGAGUUUGUCUCCGUCUAUUCCCAGUAUGAUAUCGAGUUUGCGCAGAUGAAGAGGGAAGGCAACACGCAAGACAAAAACAAACUUCCUAACCCUUAUACUGCGGCCACGGCCUCCGCCGUCGCCUUCUCAGUCGGGGCCUUGGUGCCCCUACUGGCUGCCGCCUUCAUAAAAGAUUAUAAGGUGAGGUUAACGGUGGUGGUGGCGGUGGUGAGCCUUGCCUUGUUGGUGUUUGGAGGGGUGGGUGCUGUUUUAGGGAAAGCACCAUUUGUGAAGUCAUCUUUGAGGGUGUUGAUCGGAGGAUGGUUGGCUAUGGCGGUUACUUUUGGGUUAACCAAGUUGGCUGGUCAUGUUGGAGUUUGAUUUAUAUAUUUUUGUAUUUUUUAACACCAGCUCCUUCUAGUUACGUUGGAUCAAUCUCCUUCUGGAUUUGAUGCAAUUUUUUUACCACCAACUUUGCAGUGUGUAACAUAGUUUUAUUUGAUGUAUGCAUAGGAAUAUACAUGUUUAUGGUUUA